AUGGCCCCUGGACAACAUACUUGCUGCGACAAACAAAAAAUUAGGAGACCUGAGGAAGAUGAGAAACUAAUACGGCACAUUUCUGCCUACGGCCAUGGCUGUUGGAGUGCAGUUCCUAGACUUGCAGGGUUGCAGAGAUGCGGCAAGAGUUGCAGGCUGAGAUGGAUAAAUCACUUGAGGCCGGAUCUGAAAAGAGGGAGUUUUUCUCCAGAAACUGCUGCUCUCAUAAUUGAUCUCCACAUUAUUCUUGGCAAUAAGUGGGCUCAGAUAGCGAAUUAUCUUCCACAGACAACGAAAAGAGGAUUAAAAUUAAGAAAUUUAUACAAAUAG